ACGGCCAACGGUCAAACUAACGAAGAAGCUCGCCUCGCAAGAUAUUUCAGAGGAAACAAAAUUGUACCAACAGAACACGGUAUUGCUGUGUUCUUUCUACAAAAAAGUUUAUCACCAUGGCUGAGGCAACGGGUGAAAAACUAUCGAAAAAUGAGCAGAAAAGGCGACUCAAAAUUCAACAAAAGGAGAAAGAAAAAUUAGAAAAUGUUGCUAAAACUGCCUCUCAACCCAAAACGCCGCCCAAAGAAAAAAAGGACGCUGUGAAAGAAGAAGAUAUUAGUCCUCACGAAUACUUCAAGCUUCGUACCCAAGCGAUAAGUCAGUUGAAGGCAGCGAAUGAUCAUCCGUACCCGCACAAAUUUCAUGUUUCAACAUCGCUGGAAAGCUUCAUUGAGAAAUAUAGUGAAAAGUUGAAAGAUGGAGAAGUUGUUGAGGAACUGCACAGUAUCGCUGGACGAGUGCACGCGAUACGAGAAUCAGGCGCGAAGUUGAUAUUCUAUGAUCUCCGUGGGGAGGGAGUGAAGAUUCAGGUGAUGGCGAAUGCGAGAAGUUACGAAAGCGAGGAUCAAUUUUUUGCUGACACAGCAAAAAUUCGAAGAGGUGAUAUAAUUGGAGUUUUUGGUAAACCAGGAAAAACAAGGAAAGGUGAAUUCUCAAUAAUGCCAAGUAGUAUAAAACUCUUGAGUCCGUGUUUGCACAUGUUACCACAUUUGCAUUACGGGUUGAAGGACAAAGAGACACGUUUCCGACAGCGUUAUCUUGAUCUCAUACUGAACGACAAAGUACGAGAAAAGUUUCACAUCCGAGCUAGAAUCAUAGCUUACAUUCGUCGUUUCUUUGACGAGAUGGGCUUCCUUGAGGUCGAAACGCCCAUGAUGAACAUGAUCGCUGGCGGUGCAACUGCCAAACCGUUCAUCACCCAUCACAACGAUCUCAAUAUGGAUUUAUUCAUGAGGAUCGCGCCUGAACUCUAUCACAAAAUGCUUGUCGUCGGUGGAAUUGAUCGCGUUUAUGAAAUCGGUAGACAAUUUAGAAACGAAGGUAUCGAUAUGACCCACAAUCCGGAAUUCACUACUUGCGAGUUCUACAUGGCUUAUGCUGAUUAUCACGACCUCAUGACCAUCACCGAAAACAUGAUAGCCGGUAUGGUCAAAAGUAUUCAUGGGAACUAUAAAAUCACUUAUCAUCCCGAUGGACCAGAAGGUGAACCCGUAGAAAUUGAUUUCACCCCGCCUUUCAAACGAGUUCAGAUGAUGGAAACGCUCGAAGAAAAACUUAAAGUAAAAUUACCCGAAGCUGACAAACUCAACACGCCGGAAGCUGUGCAAAUCCUGACUGACAUUUGCGACAAGCAUGGCGUCGACUGUCCACCACCCAAAACCGGAGCUCGUUUAUUGGACAAACUAGUCGGUGAAUUCAUUGAGGAAACUUGUAUAAAUCCAACUUUCAUUCUCGAUCAUCCUCAAGUCAUGUCUCCUCUAGCCAAGUGGCACCGAUCAGCUAAAGGCCUCACGGAGAGAUUCGAGCUAUUCGUUAUGAAGAAAGAAAUUUGUAAUGCUUACACCGAACUGAACGAUCCCCUCGUACAGAGAGAAAGAUUCGAGCAACAAGCCAAGGACAAAGCAGCGGGUGAUGAUGAGGCUCAACUCGUGGACGAAAAUUUCUGUACGGCAUUAGAAUACGGUUUGCCGCCUACAGCCGGGUGGGGUUUGGGCAUUGAUCGUCUCACGAUGUUCCUUACGGACUCCAACAAUAUCAAAGAAGUAUUGCUAUUCCCUGCUAUGAAACCGGACGAUCCUACCAAAGGUAAGGAAACGGCAGAGGACGAAAAAUCAACGAUUUCAAAUAACAUAGAGAAAUAAUCUCCAAAAGACGCGUACCGCGACAGUCAAUAAAAACGAUUGAAUGAAAACAAAUUUUAUGCAAAAAAUUUUUUAUUCAACACUAAUAAUUAAGAUAUGUCUUGAAAUAAUUGAGGAGGGAGACAAAAAUACUGGAAAUUUUUGAAAGGAAUUUUCGGUUUUUUUUCUCGACUACUCAUAAUCGACUAAGUAUUUGAUUUCUCAAUGAAUUUGGGACGAAUUUGGCUUCAGGAGAAACUGGAAUUUGGAGGUGGAUGGUUAAGUAAAAAAAUAAUGUUUUUCGCA